AGGAAAAACAGGAAUUGAAUCCCAAAAAGGGUCUAAGGGAGUUUUGGGUCUCAAGCAAACCCAGUGUUUUCUUCUCUUUAUUUUCCAAUUGUUAUUCUCUAUUCAAUUUUCCUUAUGUUUUCUUGCCCGUGACGUGAGAACACAACAUUGGUUCCGUUGCCGGCGUCAUGGGCAUCACUCAGUCGGAGUUUGAAGCUCUCACAGAAAUAGCGACUGUGUUGAAACACUUAGACAAAGUUUUACGCAAAUUUUCCGCUGACCUGAAGGACUUGCUUCCGCCGAUUCUCUCCAAAAUUAAGCAAACAAAGGAUGCGGCUACUUCACUUGAAUCAUCAACAAUCAUUGUUGACCACCCACAUGUGGAGAUAGUGCCGAUGCAGGCCAACGUUUCAGUCGAUCAGCCUCAUGUUGAUUCAACACAAAAGGCUGCUGACUCUACUGAAAUUGAGGUUGUGCCCUUUCCAAAAACCGUCCUAUGCUUGAGAGGGUUAUUUCACCACUCUCCAACCCCAUCUCAUUUAAGGGUUGUGUUGUACGGUAUUGGUCAGCCUUCAUCUCUGGUGUCUCUCUCAUCAUCCAAUGUUGCUGUUCCAACUAAAUCCUUCAAAGGAUGUCCAAGUUUGGGGUCUUCCUCACCACUAUUUGCUCCUCCAUUGAUAUGUAGAAUGCCAGUUGAGUUUCUUCCAUUUGUACUUCUUUUGAGGAGGCCAUUUGAUCGUGGGAGGUGUUGGCUACAGCUGCACGAGGUUAUCAAGCUUGAGGACAAGCUUGUGGUCCAAGAGGGGAGUAAUGAUACAUGCUUGGGACCAGGAUUUUAGGAAGUCUUAUUUUAUUAUAUUACAUAGUUUAGAUAUUAAUAAAUUACU